GUCAACAUUCAGCUUCAGGGAAGAAAAGACGAAACAGUAAGAAGAUAGUGGCUUACUACUACUUGGAUUAAACAAGUAUUAUUACCUCCAACAACCAAAUCAGCUUCUUUUUUUUUAUCUCUGCUUGUCUGGAACAAUACGAAAGAGUCAACCUUUUGACCUUAUCAAUCCCUCAACGUCCUUACAAAUACAUGAUUCAUCCCGCCGUAUCACAUUAUCCGAAAUAGGCAAAAGUAAAAAGAUCAGGAAGUUUUUUAAAAAAACAUGGCUUUAGCAAGCCAUGCGUUUGUGGUAUUGUCUGCGUUAGUGUUGUUGUCAUGGGGACUGGAGAGAUGCGAGGCUACUGGAAAGUUCAGCUUCGAAGUUCACCACAUGUUCUCUGACGCUGUCAAGCAGAAUCUUGGGUUUGACAAUCUUGUCCCUGAAGAAGGAAGUUUGGAGUACUUCAAGGUCUUGGCUCAACGUGAUCGCUUGACCAGAGGCCGAGGUCUUGCCUCCAACAACGAACACUCCCCUCUCACUUCCGCUGAAGGAAACCUCACGGUUUUCGUCAAUUUCUUGGGAUCACUGCAUUACGCAAAUGUAUCUGUGGGAACACCGGCUACUUGGUUCCUGGUGGCUUUAGACACAGGCAGCGAUUUGUUCUGGUUGCCUUGCAAUUGUGGUGUUACUUGCAUCAGCGACUUGAAAGAUGCUGGCUUUCCUGCGAGUGUACCGCUGAAUCUAUACAGUCCCAAUACAUCUUCUACAAGUUCAAGCAUUAGUUGUAGUGACGAUCGUUGUUUUGAAUCCAGCCGGUGUUCUUCUCCUUCGAGUGUUUGUCCUUAUCAGGUUUCUGAGUCUACCACCACAACCUCCACAGGGACAUUGUUACAAGAUGUGUUUCAUCUCAUCACAGAGGAUGCGGAUUUAAAGCCUGUGGAAGCUAACGUCACGCUUGGUUGCGGUCAGAGACAGACAGGUCUGUUCCAGAACAGUCAAGCCGUGAACGGUGUUCUCGGGCUUGGUGUGAAGGACUAUUCUCUUCCGAGCCUUCUUGCGAAAGCCAAACUCGCCGCAAACUCCUUCUCAAUAUGUUUCGGACGUGUCAUUGGAGUUGUUGGAAGAAUCAGUUUCGGAGACAAAGGCUACACAGACCAGUCCGAGACUCCUUUCGUAUCUAUUGAACCGAGUACGGCGUAUGGUGUGAACGUGACGGGACUAUCAGUGGGGAAAACACCUGUUGGUCUUAGCAUGUUUGCACAGUUCGACACUGGCUCGUCAUAUACACACUUAAAGGAGCCAGCAUAUGGUCUUUUUACCAAAGCUUUUAACAGUCGUGCCUUUGACAUUCGACGACCGUCCGAUCCUCAGUUUCCGUUUGAGUUCUGUUACGACUUGAGUCCAAACGCUACAAACAUUACUUUCCCACCAAUAGAUAUGACUUUUGAAGGAGGAUCAGUAAUGAGAAUCAAGAAUCCUUUUGUCACAAUACAGACUGAGGGAGGGGGUAAGAUGUACUGCUUGAGUAUUCUGAAGAUCGAAGAUCUUAGACCUAACAUCAUUGGACAGAAUUUGAUGUCUGGAUACCGUAUUGUAUUCGACCGGGAGAGGAUGGUUUUGGGUUGGAAGCGGUCUAAUUGUUUUGAGGAUGAAAGCUUAACAUCUACUCCACCAGCAGAUUUUGGAAAUCCUUCACCACCACAACCAGAGUCUGAAGCUCCUUCACCAUCCAUAGAAUCCAAUCCACUACUUCGUUCUCCUCCUCCUCCUUUGGUUUUUACUACUACGCCUCCCCCAACUAACCCUCGUGACUCCGCCGAAAGUCCUGGCUCAAGUGGUGCAGCCAAUGUCAUCCCUCUUGCAUCUCAGCUCCUGCUUUUGCUAUCUCUUUUGGCCUACUUCUUCUGAUUCAUAUAAAAGGCAUUGGGUUUUGUGUUUGGUUUGACCAUUUAAUGUUUCAUUUAAUAAGAAUCUUUGUUUGAUGAGCAGAAGCAAUGUUCAUUGGUUUGAGAAUUGUAAUAUUAUCAUGUCUCCCUGUUA